AUGUGUCCCGAGGCCCUUGUUAUCUCUGGAGACUUCAACCUUCAUUUAGAUGACCUCCGUGACAAUGACACCAAGAAAUUUAUGGAUUUACUGGAAACGUUCAGUCUUUCGCAACACGUUUCGGGUCCGACCCAUCUAUCGGGUCUUACCUUAGAUUUAAUUAUUACUCGUUCCUCAGAUGAUAUUUUUCUUGCUUCCCCUAAAACUACUUUUCCCAUCUCCGAUCAUUUUAUUAUUCAGUGUCCUAUUGGUUUCUCACGACCAGCUUUGUCAUGCAAAAAACUGACUUUUUGUAA